AAAUUAUGGCGAAGAAGAAGUAUUCUCCCUCCCCUUUCUUCUUCUUCUUCUUCGUCUCCAUUACAUUGUUUCUUACAUGUCUUAAACCAUGCAAGUGUGAGAGCAAUCCUCUCCCCAUUGUUGAUCCUGACGACGGAGAUGAUCUGAGCGACACCCAAUUCUAUAUCAUCACCGUCGUUCCCCCGGACGGCGACAUCGACCUACUUGGCGCCGAAGAGCUCGAGCAAUACCACCUCUCCUUCCUGCCCAACUCCACCCUCGACUCCGGCGCCCCGCGCCUCGUCCACUCCUUCCGCCACGCUUUCAGCGGAUUUGUGGCGAGACUGACUCCUGCAGAAGCCGCCGCCGUGAAAGCCGUGGCUGGCGUCGUCGAUGUCAAAGAAAACGGGAUUACGCGGCUCGGGACCACUUACACCCCGACGUUCCUGGGCCUGAACGGCUACAACGGCCUCUGGUACAAGACCAAAGGGGAGGGCGUAAUCAUCGGCAUCCUCGACAGCGGCAUCUCCGAGAACCACGUGUCCUUCAAGGACGACGGCAUGCCGCCGGCCCCUGCGAAGUGGCGCGGCUGCUGCGAGUUUGUAAACAGCAAGUGCGACCCCUUUCUGCCGACGGUGUGCAACAACAAGCUCAUCGGCGCACGGAAGCUGAGCUACAAUUCCCCCAAGGACGAAGCGGGGCACGGAAGUCAUUGCGCAAGCACAGCCGCAGGGAACUUUGUUCAGAACGCCGAGGCGCGCGGCCACGCGGAGGGCACCGCGGCCGGCAUGGCCCCGCGGGCGCACAUUGCUUCCUACAAGAUGUGCGGCAGUAGCACGGUCCAGUGCUCGGCCUUCUCAGAAGCCCGGGGCCUGGACCUGGCUAUUGCCGACGGCGUUGACGUGCUGUCCCUCUCCAUCGACUCCUACCAGGAGCCGCUGUACAAGAGCAACAUCGCCAAGGCGUCGUUCGUCGCGAUGGAGAAGGGCAUCUUCACGAGCGCGUGCGCGGGGAACGCCAUGGGGAACGUCCGGAAGGAGGUGGUGAAUGACGCCCCCUGGAUCUUGACUGUCGGCGCCAGCACGACCGACCGAAGGGAGCGCGCGGUCGUGCGGCUCGGCAACGGGAUGGAGUUUUACGGCGAGUCUGCGUAUCCUUUAGAAAUGUCAAACGGGACAGGAACAGUGCCGCUCGUUUACCCGGGGAAAGUGGAUAGCACGCCUGCGAGGCUGGGCUGUAAGAAAGGCGGGCUGGAUGGCUUAGACGUUACAGGGAAGAUCGUGGUGUGCGGCGUCGGAGAGACGGAGGAGCGCGAGAAGGCGGAGAUCGUGAAGAAGGCCGGGGGAGUGGGCAUAAUAUUGCUCGGCCAGCAAUGGAACGGGCAGACCACGUACGCCGAAUCACUCGAACUUCCUUCCGUUUGGAUGGGCAACCUCGACGCCGUCGCGAUUGUGAACUACGCUCUGAACACCGACGAUCCCACAGGGGAGAUUGCUUUCAAAGGCACGCAGUUCGGCUACCGACCGGCCCCUGCCGUAGCCGGAUUGUCGGCGACGGGCCCGAGCAAGUACAACGGCGGCAUCCUGAAGCCUGACAUUCUGGGGCCGGGCAUCAACAUCCUUGCCGCCUGGCACAAGCAGGUCGGGCCAAGUCCCACCGGCUCCGAUGACCAGGCGUUCAACUUCGGCAGCGGAUGCUCAAUGGCUACGCCGCACCUGGCGGGGAUUGCCGCGCUGCUCAUGAGCGCCCACCGGGACUGGUCGGUGGCCAUGAUCAAGUCGGCGAUCAUGACGACGGCGCUUACAAAGGACAAAGACGGGAGCCCAAUAAUGGACGAGCGGAGCGAGGAUAUGACGCGGCCCGCGAGCUUGCUCACCACGGGAGCCGGGCAGGUCAAUCCCUCGGCGGCCUACGAUCCGGGCCUCGUUUACGACAUCCAGCCAGAUGACUACGUCCGGUACCUCUGCGGACUGUACAGGAACAACGAUUUGACGGUCAGUGGGAUUGCUCGUCGGAAGGUCAGUUGUUCUGUCAUCGGGGGGAUUGCAGCUGAGGAUCUGAACUAUCCGUCUAUUUCGGUCAAGUUGUCAUUGGGGUCGGAGAAGAACAUAAGCCGAACCGCGACGAAUGUAGGGGAUGCCGCGUCGACGUACACGCCGGAGGUGAUCGAACCGGAAGGAGUGAGCGUGGAAGUAAACCCUGGAACGCUUGAAUUCGCAGCAGUUAUGGAGAAGAAGAGCUUCAACGUGACGCUCAAAGCAAAGAGCAAACUGCGGGGUGGGGGGCGCAGAGAAGGGUACUUGUAUUGGAAAUCAACUGAUGGCAAGUAUAGAGUUGGGAGUCCCAUUUUGGUGCAGUUCUAAGUAAAUAUUGUGAGUACAUCUCGUGUUGUUUCUUUUUCACACUUUGAUCAGUUGAUCACGCAGAAAGUUCUUAAUAAAAAAAAAAAAAGAUGAUAAUAUGGUUACGAAGUUGAAAAAUUAAGAUGAUAAUAUGGUUACGAAGUUGUACUGCACCGAAUACCUUGUAGGAAGUUUCAUCACCUAUCA